GUUGGCUGUUGCCCUCGGGUUGUCCCGGGCCAUGGAAAAGGCGUCGUCGGGGGCUCAGGCCCGGCCGAGAGAGGGAGACCCGGGCCGGCGCCCGCGCCCUGACCCGCGCCACCCCGAGCGACCACGGGCCCGAGCCGGGGAGCCGCGCGGGGAAAGGAACGGGGACGCGCGCAGGGACGUCGCGGGCCGGCGCGAGGACCGGGACAGGCACCGGGACAGAGGCCGCGACGCCCGGCCUGACCGGGCCCAGGCCGCGGGCCGCCGCGCGGGUGAGCAAGGAGUCCCAGCAAAGUCCCGCCAGAGCCGGAGGCCGGAGCAGCCGCGGGGACCCGGUUGGGACGCGGCCCCGCCCCCCUGGCCCGCGCCCUGGGAAACCCCGGAGCCGCCGGCCCCGAGGAAGGAGGGGUUCGCGCACCGCGGACCGGAGAGUUAUGGUGAACCCCCUUCCGGGAGAUAUGUGCCUGCACACCCCAGGUCUGGCCAAGAGGAAGUGGAAUAUUACCAGUCAGAGGCUGAAGGACUUCUGGAAUGCCACAAAUGCAGAUUCUUGUGCACUGGGAGAGGUGUGGUACAGAUAGUGGAGGUGAUUUUGAAUGGGAUAGUCCUCAUGUGUGUCGUGGCCUCCUACUUUGUCCUUGCCGGAUUCAGCGCCAGCUUUGCGAGUGGCAGCGGCUUUGGGAACAACUAUUAUUCACCAUUUGAGGGCAGCGAGCUGGAGGAAGUUCGGCGGCUGGACCAGCAGUACACUAUCCUCCGGUCACCCCUGAUAUACAGCGGUGUGGCUGUUUCCUUGGGGCUGGGUGUCCUCACCAUGGGCAUUCUACUCCAAGGAGCCAAGAGUCUAACAAAACUGCCUGGGAAAUGGCUCCUCUUGGAGGCCACCUUUAGUGUCCUUGCGGCAGUAGGCUACUGCAUAGGCAUUGGCCUUUACCUCCAUGUAGCUUUGCAGAUCAAUUCCACAGACACUUGCAAAAAAAGAGAGAGGAUGUACGCCCGCAGAGGUCUCACCUGGAUGAACUGCCAGCUGGCAGGCACUGAUGGAGCAGCAGCCACCUUUGCUUGUCUUUUGGUCAUUAUGUACGGGGUCAGCGUGGUCCUGGCCCUGCAGAGCUACAGAAAACAGAAGCUGUACAAAGACAGCCAAGAACAGCACAGAAAUUACAUUGAUGCCCCAGAAUACCUGUGGUCUGGGACACUCUAAGGAGACCUUCUGGACCCCAAAUAUCAACUUUCCCCUUUCUCUCAAAAAGGCAGGUCCCUUAAAAAAACCAGUUAGCAGUGGUUUUCACAUCCUUGAUUUUGGAGGUGCUGCCUUUAGGACCAAUGCAAAGUUAAGUAAUUGUCUUAUUUUUCCAUUGUAAAAGAGAUACCUGAUUGCUGACCAACUCAAUGUAGCUUAAUGAAAGUGUGGAGAGCAGCAUCAGAACUGAGGGCACCCUCACCUGAAAUAGCUCACUAGCCAGGGUAAUUCUGAAAGGUAAGUAAGAACUGCCCCUUAAAGGGUAGAAGUCCCAGAGUUCCAGUAGAAAUCACGCCUGUCCUGUCUGAAGUCAGCGAAGAAACAUGCCAACGCCCCCUCUUCCUGGCGUGGUCCCACAGAAUUAUUUCCAAGUAGUUAUUCUCACUCCCUCCUAAAGGGAAGCCCUCUGGUAUUAGAGAGGCUACCAAAGUGCACUCCCAGUUGGAAUCCUGACCUAGAGAAAGAAUGCCCUUAGCAGACAUAGUCUUCCUCAGGACUCUUCCCCUGAUAUAAUGUCAGGGCCCAGAUGUAAUGUCUCCUGCCAACUUUUUCCUGUUGGUGUUUUUCUGGCAAAUCAUUCCAUUGGAAUUCAUUUUUUUGAAAUGUUUCAUAAGCUUUUUUAAGCUUAAGGUUCCCAAAUACUGAGAAAAGUUGUAAAAUUAAAUGUGUCAUAGUUCAACUGAUUUCAAAGAUAAGGCAGAUUACAGGGUCUGAUUGGAGGCCUUUCAUUCUCUGAUUCCCUCUCAGGGCCCACAGAGCAGGCCGUCAGCAUAGCUAGUUACUUCAUGAGUUAAUCUCUAGCAUUGAACCUUAAAAAUUAAUUUCUCAGUAAUUUAAUUAUUACUUUACUAUUUUAGUCUUAAAUUAUACCUGUGCUUGUUCUUUACAAUUAGUCUCGGUUUAUGUCAGAUCCAGCUAGACAUUUAUAUUCAUAUAAAGAGGUCUUUUUCUAAGUGUUGUCUCGCUUUUUAAUAGCUAAUCCUCAUGGAACCUGUCCAAGAUGAAGGGUCAAAAAUAAACCUCAUAAAAAUAAAUAAUAAAAGCAAAGCUUGGAGGAAGAUAUGCACCUAGGAAUCUGUACUGCUUAACUGAAAUAAAAUCGGUUGUGCUGUGCAAAGGUUGGGCACUGUCCCCCUUCACCCGGAGCAGUGGCUAGUCCCCACGUUUCACUGAAUGAGAGCAAAGCUCCGCAGCAGCAAAACCUGAAUAGCUGCUCUUCAGAGACAGAUAGCCAUGCACACGCUGCCCUCCCCUGGACUGUACUCAACAUGGCCCUGUUAAGUGUUUUUCCCACGUUGGGUUUUGUGCUGGAUAUAGAAGGGCACUGUGGACUGUGUGAUCUCAGCCUUGUGUCCUGGCCCAGCUAGGACCCUGGCGCCAGGAGGCAGCCUCACCUCACUGACUGGACCCCGUCAGCUGUUAAUGACUCCCACAUCAGGGCUUUCAUACUGUUCAAAAUGAUUUAGUAAACCUGAUUUUACUUACUACCACUUGCCAGGUAGGCAGGCCAGCAUGUAUUCACGUGUUACAGAGAGCAGAGGAGGUCAAGAAUGGUAGGAUAAGUGGUUUAGUUGAUAGUUAAAGUUUCAUGGAAUGCUCACCAUGUGCCAAGUACAUUGCUGUGCUAGAAAAGCAUUCUGUCUGCAUUAUUUGUGGAAACUUGUAGCUGAUGAUGGAUACUAUUAUUUCCACUCAAGUGAAAAAUACUGGGCCAGGGGAAAUAGCUCAAUGGCAGAGUACUUGGAUAGCAUGGUGAGGCCCUAAGUUUGGUGCUCAGCACCAUGUAAGGGGCUGAGUGUUGUGGUGCACACCUGUAAUCUCAGAAUUUGGAGAGGCUGAGGAUCAUGAGUUCUAGACCAGUCUGGACUGCAUAGACACCCUGUCUCAAAACAAAAAACCUUAGAAGGAAUGUAACUUGUCAAAAGCUGUUAAGUAGCAGAGAUAAAAACUCAAGAUACAGUGAAUCACAUACUGGAAUGUUUAAUGCAUGACCAGUUCACAUUUAUGGCCUUUACUGUGUCAGGAAAUAGUGCGCAAAGUGGAGUACAUGCUCAGAGAAUCACGUUGGUGCCACCAUGGACUGGGAAGAUGUGUAUCUAAUGGAACUGAGGUAUCAAAGGAGGUGGUGGUGUAUACCCAGGGUGCUCAGUAAAGUUGUUGAGUGUGAUGGUGCAUACCUGUAAUCCCAGAACUCAUGAGGCAGAGGCAAGAGGAUUCCAAGUUUGAUGCCAGCCGGGGCCCCAUAGUAAGUUAAAGGUCCCCCUGAACUAGAGAUGCUGCAUCGAAACAUUGCCGAGCAAUGGAAUUUAUGUUGUCUGCUGGCUUUUUCUAUUAAUUAUAUUCCUCGUUUGGAGUUGGUACAUAUAACACAUCUUUUCCUCUCCCUUAUCUCUUGGUCCCUUCCCUUUUGCAAAAGAUCUCUCCCUCUUUUCCUGUUAUCUGGUUUUUAUUUUGCCCUUUACGUUUUGGGUUUCUCCUCUACGAGAAAUCGUGCAAUGCUCAAGCUUGUGUUUGUUUUUAUUUCACUUAACAUUAUGGUCUCUAGGUACCUAAA